CCAAGAUGGCUGCCCACGAAUUGGAUGUGUAGAGCCUAACAGAUAUCACCGAAAUACAAAAAGCCUACGCUCAAAUUCACCUUCACGAGCAAAAACUUAACAAUGAACUGGAUGCUAUACUGGAAAACCAACCAAGGCUUGAUGCAAAACUGAACACACUUCAGAAUGUUAUCUCCUGUCUGUUUGGAUGGAUUUUCAAUUGAAAGUCCAAAUCUACAGUUGGUAAUGAGAGAUGCCCAACAUCUACACACCAUGAUUUCUAAUACAUCAGAUUUGGCUGAAAAAGUCAGCAGUAAAGUGCGACUACUCGAUCUUGUCAAGAAUCGUGUCCAAGAAACAAUAAAACGGGUGGAUGACAUCCUUGAUUUAAAGGCUUGCGUAGAUGGUGUGCAAACAGCUCUAAAUACAGAGCACUUUGAGCAGGCUGCAGCACAUAUUCACAGAUAUCUUAACUUGGAUGAACAGGUUCUCAAAGAUAUUGCAGGAGACUCCAAAAAAGGUUCUGACUUAGCAGGAGCCUUUGAGUUGCUUCACGAAGCAGAGACAAAACUUAAAAGAAUAGUAAAUGAUAAGUUUGAGGCUGCUAUACAGAAUGGUGAUAGGGGCUCUGUAGAAAGGUUUUUCAAAAUUUUUCCUCUACUGGGUCAACAUCAAGUUGGACUUGAAAAGUAUGCAAGAUAUUUGUGCACACAGAUUGCUGCCCAGUGCCAAAAGAAUUUGGACAAUGCUGUGGCUGUCAAAGAUUCAGAUCGUCAUGUCAAUGUUGUGUUUGCAAAUACUCUCACUUUACUGUUUGAGAACAUUGCACGUAUGGUGGAAGAACAUCAGCCAUUUGUAGAGACUUAUUAUGGUCCUGGAAAAAUGUUUAUUUUGCUGCAGGCUAUGCAGGCUGAGUGUGACAAGCAAGUUAAUCAAGUUGUGGACCAGUUUAUAAAAAAGAGACAGUUCACAGAAAAGUUCAAAUCUGUUCAAGGUAGUCAAACCUUCAGAGGUUCUUCUGCUAACCUUGAUAGGUAUGACCCAAGAGAGCUUGAUGUUGUCCUGCGCGAAGUUGUUGUGAUGAAUGCUAGAGCUGAGAUGUAUUUACAGUUCUUGGAGAAAAGGAUUGCAGAUGACAUGGCAAAUGUUCCCGACAAAGAAAAAUCAGAAGAAUUAUCAGGAAUUCAAGAAAAAGUCAUUGCCAAUUGUGAACUCAACAGAAGAAUGCAGGAGCUGAUAGGAAACUACAUUUACAUGGAAGAGUACUUUAUGAGAGAAACGGUGAUGAAGGCUGUCAAGAUGGACAUCACAGAGGGUGGUGAUGAUGAAGCUGUUACCUCCAGCAUGGUGGAUGAUGUCUUCUUUAUCAUACAAAAGGCUGUCAGACGAGCGUUGUCCAGCUCCAGUGUGGAUGGAACGUGUGCAAUGUUGAAUCAUGCAUGUGCUCUUCUGUCAUCUGAUUACCGUGAUGUGCUAACUGCCGUAUUGAAAGGGGGUUUUCCAUUCGGAAGGCAACAACAUUCAAAAGCUGAAGAAAGAUCUUGAGAUCGAAUGUGACAGGAACUUGGCUUUUGGAGAUGCUGCUAAACUGAAAUUAGAGAGCUGUCUUUCAGACUUGAUGAACACAUCAAAUAUUUUCAAGGAUUUACUUCAAGGUGGAAUAUAUCAGUUGUGUUCCACUGCUGUUAUACCGAGGUUAAAACCACUUAUUGAUGGAUUCAAUUCAACAAGCCAUAACAUAUCUGAGGAAGAAUUUGCUUUCUAUGAAGUGAAUGAUCCAUUUGUUCAGAAUUUCAUCACAAGUUUAGACUCAAUCUUAACAUCUUUUAAGGGUCCACUGACACCUUCCAACUAUGACUCUUUAGUAAGCAUGGCAGCCACUGAAAUAACAACUCAACUGGAAACGUCGGUCAUGAAAGCAAGUUUUAACAGACUGGGUGGCCUUCAGUUUGAUAAGGAACUACGUUCAUUGGUUGGUUACCUGACAGCUGUCACUCAGUGGACAAUACGAGACAAGUUUGCCAGACUCACACAGAUUGCCACUGUCCUCAAUUUGGAGAAGGUGGGCGAGAUAAUGGAUUACUGGGGUCCAAACUCAGGACCAAUGACGUGGAGACUUACUCCCACAGAAGUCAGACAAGUGUUGUCAUUAAGCCGCCUUGCAUGCACGUUUGGUUGUGAACGGCCAUAAUCAACCGCCUCCUGGUUAGCUCAAUUGGUUAGAGCGCCGGAUUGUGUUGUGCGGGAGGUCGAGGGUUCGAGCCCCGG